CUUCUAUUCAACACCUGAAAAACUCUCGAGACACUCGCAGCGUAGAGACGCGAAAUCUCUCCUCUCUCUCGCCCCGUCCCUCCGAAUCGCCGACCUCGGCGGUCGCACGGUUCCGCCAUGGCCGAGCCUCUCGUGAAGAAGGAUGACGAUCGGGACGACGAAGAUUACUCCCCGUUUCUGGGUAUUGAGAAGGGUGCAGUCCUUCAAGAAGCCAGGGUUUUUAACGAUCCUCAACUAGAUGCCAGAAGGUGCUCGCAGGUUAUCACGAAGCUCCUGUAUUUGCUUAAUCAAGGAGAAACUUUUACCAAGGUUGAAGCCACAGAAGUAUUUUUUGCUGUGACAAAACUAUUCCAAUCCAAGGAUACUGGGUUGAGGAGAAUGGUUUAUUUGAUGAUCAAGGAGCUUUCCCCAUCUGCAGAUGAGGUUAUAAUUGUGACAAGUUCAUUGAUGAAAGACAUGAAUAGCAAGACCGACAUGUAUAGAGCCAAUGCUAUACGUGUUCUUUGUAGAAUUACUGAUGGCACCCUUCUUACCCAAAUAGAGAGAUACUUGAAGCAAGCUAUUGUUGACAAGAACCCUGUUGUUGCCAGUGCUGCUCUUGUUAGUGGUAUUCACUUACUUCAGACAAACCCGGAAAUUGUGAAAAGAUGGAGCAAUGAGGUACAGGAAGCUGUCCAAUCAAGAGCUGCUCUUGUGCAAUUUCACGCAUUGGCUCUUCUUCACCAGAUACGGCAAAAUGACCGCUUGGCUGUUAGCAAGCUUGUUACCAGCUUGACUAGAGGAUCUGUUCGCUCGCCUCUAGCCCAAUGCCUUCUUAUUCGGUAUACUAGCCAGGUGAUUCGAGAGUCAAGUAUGAACAUGCAAACGGGGGACCGUCCUUUCUUUGAUUUUCUUGAAGCCUGUCUGCGACACAAAGCAGAAAUGGUGAUAUUUGAAGCUGCAAGAGCAAUAACAGAGUUGAGUGGUGUGACCAGUCGGGAGUUGACACCUGCAAUCACAGUUUUACAGUUAUUUUUGAGUUCAUCCAAACCAGUUCUUCGUUUUGCUGCUGUUCGCACUUUAAAUAAGGUGGCUAUGACACAUCCUUUGGCAGUUACCAAUUGUAAUAUUGACAUGGAAAGCUUAAUCUCUGAUCAAAACAGGAGCAUCGCUACUCUUGCUAUAACAACACUUCUAAAAACUGGCAACGAAUCAAGUGUAGAUCGAUUGAUGAAACAAAUAACUAAUUUCAUGUCAGAUAUUGCUGAUGAGUUCAAGAUUGUUGUGGUGGAAGCUAUAAGAUCUUUGUGCCUGAAAUUUCCUCUUAAGUAUCGUUCACUGAUGAACUUCUUAAGCAGCAUUCUUAGAGAAGAAGGGGGUUUUGAUUAUAAGAAAGCAAUUGUUGAUUCUAUAGUUAUCCUUAUCAGAGAUAUACCAGAAGCUAAAGAAAGUGGCUUGUUUCAUCUCUGUGAAUUUAUUGAGGAUUGUGAAUUUACAUAUCUGUCAACUCAGAUACUUCACUUUCUGGGAAAUGAAGGGCCGAAGACAUCAGAUCCUAGUAAAUAUAUACGCUACAUUUAUAAUCGUGUUAUACUUGAAAAUGCCACUGUUCGAGCUAGUGCUGUGAGUACAUUGGCGAAGUUUGGUGCUUUCGUUGAUUCAUUGAAGCCUCGCAUAUUUGUUCUUUUGAGGCGUUGCCUUUAUGAUAGUGAUGAUGAGGUUCGCGAUCGUGCAACACUUUAUCUCAAUAUGAUUGGAGGUGAUGGUUUGGUUGGCGAAACUGACAAAGAUGUUAAAGAGUUCCUCUUUGGCUCAUUGGAUGUGCCACUUGUCAAUUUGGAAACGAGUUUACGGAAUUAUGAAUCUUCUGAAGAACCUUUUGAUAUAUCAACUGUACCAAAGGAAGUAAAGUCACAGCCUCAUGCUGAGAAAAAGGCUCCAGGUAAAAAGCCUACUGGUUUAGGAGCUCCUACCACCGGUCCGACAUCGGCUGUUGAUUCAUAUGAAAAACUUCUUUUGUCUAUUCCGGAAUUCGCUGGCUUUGGUGAACUCUUCAAGUCAUCUGCACCUGUGGAGCUGACGGAAGCUGAAACAGAAUAUGCAGUUAAUGUUGUCAAGCACAUUUAUGAUGGUCAUGUUGUAUUCCAGUACAACUGUACAAACACCAUUCCUGAACAGCUACUUGAAAAUGUCACUGUUUUUGUUGACGCUUCUGAAGCUGAGGAAUUUUCAGAAGUUGCAUCAAAGCCUCUCAGAACCUUGCCCUAUGAUUCGCCAGGGCAGAGUUUUGUGGCUUUUGAAAAGCCAGAAGGUGUUCCUGCCGUGGGGAAGUUCUCAAACUUGUUGAAAUUCAUAGUCAAAGAGGUGGAUCCGGCUACUGGCGAAGCAGAUGAAGAAGGUGUUGAAGAUGAAUACCAGCUAGAAGAUCUUGAAGUCGUGGCAGCAGAUUAUAUGCUGAAGGUAGGAGUCUCCAAUUUCAAGAAUGCUUGGGAUAAUAUGGGUGCAGAUUGUGAGCGUGUUGAUGAGUAUGGACUUGGCGUCCGUGAAAGCUUGGCUGAAGCUGUUAGUGCUGCCAUCAACAUUCUUGGCAUGCAGACCUGCGAGGGAACUGAUGUGGUUCCAAGCAAUGCACGGUCACAUACUUGCCUUUUGUCUGGUGUAUUCAUUGGCAAUGUGAAAGUGCUAGCUAGGAUAUCAUUUGGGAUUGAUGGUCCUAAGCAAGUGGCUAUGAAACUUGCGGUUAGAUCCGAAGAUCAGGCAGUCAGUGAUGCAAUCCAUGAAAUUGUUGCUAAUGGCUAAUGCUGAUAUUGGCAAAGUUUCCUUUUUCCAUAUAAGAUGGAUGAUUUUGAGGAUCUGUUUUUCUGAGUCAGGAUUGAUACAACAUAAUCAUAGCAGCCAAACGAAGGAAGAAGGUGCAGUUGGGGUUUUUGAGUUGUUAUUCUAAGAUGAAGACAGUGCUGUUACUAUUUUUUUGAACUCCAACAUUUCUGUUUGUUGAUCAAUGAUGAAUGAUAUGAGAUUAAGUUGUUAAACCUUGUGAGACUGAUUCAGUGUUCUACCAUACUCAGAAUCGGGAAUAUGUUAUGACAAACCUUCUCUACCAAAUAAAAAGCAUGCCUAGUC